AUGGUUACAAUAGAAAAAUUUAGUAGAAAACGUUCGGCACCCGAAACUACAAAAUCAAAACAUUCAAAAUUAAAAAAGCAUCUUAAAUCGUAUAAUAAUAAUAACAAAAGUCAUGAAGAUGAUACAAGUUCACCAAUCAAUGGUACACGAAUAACAGAAUGGAAAGAAUAUGAAAAAUGGAAAGAGGUACGUGGUGAUAUUGAACCGGCAAUGAAUUAUGUUGAAAUAACACAGGAAACUAUUGAAGAAUUGAAAAAAAUUAAAAAUAUUAUUGGCGAUUAUAUUUGUCAAUUGUGUAAAGUCAAAUAUGAAAAUGCAUUUCAAUUAGCUAUGCACAAAUGUCCAAGAGUUGUACAUAUUGAAUUUCGCUGCCCUGAUUGUGAUAAAACUUUCAACUGUCCAGCAAAUCUAGCGUCUCACCGUCGCUGGCAUAAACCCGAGAAUAUCCAUGAUAAACCUCGCUAUUCUUCAAGAUCAGAUUCAUGCUCAACAUCGUCACUAUCAGAUACAAUCAACGUCAAUGAAACAAAGCCUGAAAAGCAAGUGAUAACAAUUCAUAGAAAUUUGACUCUUGAAAGACAACACCCCAAAUUAGCAACGAAUGAAAUUGUCGAACCGAAUAUAAGACAAAUAUCGAGUUUAAUAACAAAUCAUGAGUCAAACAUCAGUUCGUUUCAAAAUACAUUACCGACUUACUCAGCAUCAACAUGUUACAGACCUAUUCACAACGCACCAUUUCAUUCUUCUCUCAAUAUUUCGCCUCCCGUUCAUAAAACAUCGUUCGAUGGUACACUAGAUUCUGUUGCGAAUAAAACAAUAGCAAAUUUUUUAUCAAGCAUAGCGCCAUUAAAUCGAACAUUUGUAAAUCCUGUAUUAGGCCAUAUCUUCGAUAGACCACAAGAUCAUUCUCUGCUAACUCAAUUUGUUUUAGAACAUAAUCUUCAAUUGUUUCCGACCAACUAUAAUCAUUUAACUACCGCAUUUCGUGAAUAUCAACACAACAAUAGCGGCAAGCACUUUCAACAAGCUUGUAUAUUUUGUUCGGAACAAUUUCUUGAUUUAAAACGACUGACUCAGCAUAUUCAGAAAAAACAUGCUGUAAAAAGAAAAAACAUCCCGAAUAUUAAUACGAGUUCAUCUUUAAUAGUAGAACAAAAUAAUUGA